AUGUCGGAUGUGUCGAACUCCUUCUCAGCUUGGGAGACCCCGCCGGAGGACGAACCUCCGCUGUGCAUCGCAGUUCGACGCCCAGUGUCACCUCCACGCCACUAUGAGGCGGAUCUCACCUAUCUCCUUCUCUUCAUCAUUGAAUACGAUAAAAUUAAGCCGGGAAUAAUUUUGUUACCGUACGACUUCUACAAAAAACAGCUAGCUUUCUGCGGUCCAUUACUUCGCAUCAUAGCUAUUAUGACAUUUUCACUCGUUGGCGAGAAGCUAAGUGUGCCGAGGAAUUCAGUUUGUGGUGGUGGUACGAUUGGAAGUUUAACCUCGAUGCGAUCCGGUGAAGCUUCACGAAAAAACACCACACGAUUAUUUGAGAAUCCGAAUUUGUUCGCAAGGGCUUUGUCCGAAAAACUAACAGGACCAUGGAUUGAACAUGCUUUCGAGAAACGUGAAUGUAUCAAAUUUGUUGGUCAACCGGGUAGUCCAGAUAGAUGCGGUUGUGGACGACCGAUGGCCUCUCAUUCUCAGUUAGCACUCUCACGAUUCUCAGUAUUUUCACAAAGUGUACGAGUUGAAGAGGGAAUGCCAUGGUCCAUAGCCACACAUACACAAUCUUCACCUACCGAUGCUUUUGGGACCAUCGUAUUUCAGGGUGGUGCUCAUGCUCAUAAAGCGCAGUACAUACGACUCGGAUAUGACUCCGAUCCUGCAAAUGUUAUGUAUUUGAUGGAAAAGGUUUGGGGUCUACAACCACCUAAACUUGUGAUCACUGUCCAUGGAGGAAUGGCAAAUUUUGAAGUUCAAGAAAAACUAGGACGUUUAUUCCGAGACGGUCUCCUCAAGGCAGCACAAACCACCGGAGCGUGGAUAAUCACCGGUGGAUUUGAUUCUGGAGUAGUUAAGCACGUCGCUCAAGCGUUGGAUGACGCUGGGAUUUCGGCAAGGAUGAGAUCGAAGAUUGUGACGAUUGGAAUAGCCCCGUGGGGUGUGAUAAGACGAAAGGAGCGUUUAGUGGCUAAAGAUGCUCAAAUCCAGUAUGAUCCCCAUGCUUUUGGUUCAUCUAGUGGCCUUGGUGUGCUAAACGAUCACCAUUCAUACUUCCUGCUCGCGGAUAAUGGAACAAAUUUCAGAUACGGAGCUGACUUACAUCUUCGACAGAACCUGGAAGAAUUCUUAGCUAAAGGCGACGAAAACGGUUCACGUAAGGUUCCUGUCGUUUGUGCUGUGCUGGAGGGUGGAACUAGUACAUUGAAGGCGAUUCAUCAAUAUCUCACACAGGAGCCCAAGAUCCCUGUGAUCGUUUGUGACGGCAGCGGAAGGGCUUCGGAUCUGAUCGCCUUUGCCAGUCGCUAUUUGGAUACUGAUGGCACAUUUCCGGAAGAAGUAAGGGAACAGCUGCUCUCGCUGAUCUCCACGGUCUUCCCAGAAACACCAAAAACUCCACACCACAUCCUUAACACCAUUGUUCAAUGCGCUAGAAAGACAGAUUUGCUUACAAUCUUCCGAUAUAGCGAAGGUCGUACGGAAGACGUGGAUCAUGCCAUCCUAACAGCAGUUCUCAAACGUCAAAAUCUCACGCUGCCCGAACAACUCUCAUUAACUCUUUCCUGGAAUCGUGUGGAUGUCGCCAGGUCUUGUUUGUUCGCCGGCGGUCGUCAUUGGCCAAUUCAUGCACUUCACUCGGCCAUGUAUGACGCACUACGAUUGAAUCGUGUGGAUUUUGUCGAAUGUCUCUUGGAGAAUGGUGUUUCUAUGAAAAACUUUCUCACAAUUUCUACACUUGAGCAAUUGUACAAUUUGGAUGAUGACGCACAACAUAGCGUUCGUUUUCUCGUCGAACAUACCUCCCCUACAUCCUACCUCACUUUGCCGGAUAUCGGCAUGAUCAUUGAGAAAUUAAUGGGAAACGCCUACAAACACUACUACACCUCCAGAGUUUUUAAGAAUAAUUACGAGAAAUUUCGGAAAAAAGUCCAAUUGUCUCGGCUAAGCAGUUUUCAUAUCCGUCUCGUUGCGAAAAGUUCACCGAAACGACGAAAAAGUGCAGAUUGGUGUAAUCCGCUGGCAUGUGACGAUGAUGCUCCACCGGACUUCGCCUAUCCAUUUAAUGAUCUCAUUCUUUGGGCGGUACUCACCAGAAGACCAGAAAUGGCGAAAUGUAUGUGGCUUCAUGGGGAGGAUGCGAUGCCGAAGAGUCUUGUCGCUGCUCGGCUGUAUAAAGCAAUAGCCCGAAUAGCCGAAGAGGAAUAUCUUGAAGUGGAGGUGGCACAAAAACUUCGAGAAUACUGCGAUUCUUCGUGUCGAGAAUCGUUGCAAUUGUUGGAUUUUUGUUACCGUGAGGACAAUUUGCAAACAUUGAAAUUGCUCACAGCUCAACUGCCUCAUUGGGGUCAUCAAAAUUGUUUGUCGUUAGCCGUGAUGGCUAAUCAUAAGCCGUUUCUUGCUCAUCCUUGUUGCCAGCGAUUGUUAGCUGAACUCUGGCAUGGUUCUUUACGUGUUCGUAGUGGGUCGAAUCUUCGGGUGCUUGCAGCCCUAAUCUGUCCACCGGCUGCGUUGGCGCUAACCUACAAGGCCCCAUGUGUCCCAUCCGAAACAACAACAGAUUCUGAGCAUCCAGAUGAAGAGUGUACGACAUAUGACACCAUUACUACGUACAGGACAGAUCGUUUGGAACGAAAUAGUGUUGGAAGCAUGAUGUCUCUACAUUUGCAAAGGCUCUUCAAAACUGCAUCUACGAAGAAGUCAAGGAAAGUGAAGACGAUGGGCGGCGAUGAACUAGAUGAACUCGUGGAAAAUGGGGUCGGACAUCAGAAAAAGGUCACCAUAAUGUCGGCGAAGCGAAGUUCAACGUUACACGAUAGCUGCGAUAUUCUAAUUGAAAAGACUACUUCCUUAUCAGCUUUCGCUAAAAUGAGAGCAUUCUACGCAGCACCAAUCACGAAAUUCUGGUCGUGGUGUAUUGCGUUUAUGAUUUUCCUGAUGUUUUCCUCCUAUGUGCUGUUAAUUGAAACUCCGGUGAAUCCUACGAAUAUCGAAUACGCUACUCUUGCUUAUAUUGUAGUCUAUACAGUGGAACAUCUUCGGAAGCUUCUCGAUCAGGAAACAGCUAAACUCAAAGAGAAGUGUCGUGUGUUCUACACUAAGUAUUAUAAUCUUCUCACUGCGACAGCUUUACUCUUUUUUCUUGUUGGGUUUGGAUUUCGAAUGCAACCGAUGUUGCGACAUUCGUAUGGACGAGUUAUUCUUUCAUGCAGCAAUGUGCUCUGGUACAUGAAGGUGCUGGAAUAUCUGUCAGUACACCCACUACUUGGUCCAUACAUCCAAAUGGCUGCCAAAAUGGUUGUAUCGAUGUGCUACAUCAUCGUUCUUCUCUUGGUGACCUUAAUGGCUUUUGGCGUAUCGCGACAAGCUAUCACUUAUCCUCACGAAAAGUGGAAUUGGUUACUUGUCAGAAAUAUCUUCUAUAAACCAUAUUUCAUGUUAUAUGGAGAAGUGUACGCUGGAGAGAUAGACACUUGCGGAGACGAAGGAACGAACUGUGUUCCCGGAGGGUGGAUACCUCCAGUGCUAAUGACAAUCUUCCUUCUUGUCGCCAACAUUUUGCUCAUAAAUAUGCUGAUUGCUAUUUUCAACAAUAUUUUCAACGACACCAACAUACGAUCGCACGAAGUUUGGUUGUUCCAGCGAUACUGGCAGGUUAUGGAAUACAACGAUACACCAUUACUUCCACCACCGUUCACCGUUUUGGCGUACAUCGCUCGUCUUCUAUGCUUCUGCAAGAAAACGCCAUUAAAAACAGGAAAAGAGCGCGAUGAUGUGGUUGUUAACUGCUCAAUGAGAUUGUGUUUGAACGCAGAAGAAUUACGCGAAUUGCACGAUUUCGAAGAAGACUGCAUGGACGAACUAACCAGAAAAAGAAUGCGCAGUGAGAAAGGAGAAGCUGAUGAUAGCUGGCUGAGCACGAUGGAAACGACAGAGCUUACUUCUCAAAGAGUCAACGAAUUACUCCAGGAAAAUUACUCAUUGAAGAGUCGGCUGUGCGAUAUGGAGGCCAGGCUGGACAUUAUUGCGAGAUCGCAAAGAGAUCUUAUGGACGCAAUUGUGCGAAGAAGAAAGCAAUCGAAAGCCGGGUCUUCACGCACAUCCACUCAAUCAUUGCCUGAGGCAGAUGAUGCGAGGUUCCGAAAAACUACUGUCAAUAAUCCACCGGUUUCCUCUAUUACCGACCAAAUUCUUCUUUGUCCAUAUCCAGAUAGGAACAAAGCGGCCUCUCCCCUGCUGAGCCAUCUCAGAAUGGAUCACACGCUGAGGAAAUACGAUGAAGCACGUUAUCAGCUGCCAUCGUUGUCCCGAAGAACUCGCUUAAACUCCUCUUCAUUUUCUAUCUCACAAGACAUGAAAGACAUGGAGAGGGGAAAUCGGACCAGUGACGUAGUCACCUCUGACGAAGAUGUCCCUAGCGUCGUUGUACACGAGCCCUGGGAAGAUAGCUCAUAG